CUCCUCCUUUCCACAUUGUGAUUACUCCGCUCUAUCUUUUUUCCAGAAAAGACCUCCACAAAAAUAUCUCUUUGCACUUUGAGGACUCGUAAUUAACCCAACUUUCCCUUCUCACUCUCUUUCGCCUCUCACUUGGGAGAUGGGUUCAAUGGCGAUCUUUGGGUGGUUUCUUCUCUUGGGUUUCUCCCUCUUUUCCCUCUCUACCGCUCAAAUGCCUGGUUUUGUAAGUAUAGACUGUGGAGGUUCAACGAAUUACACAGAUGAUCUCGGACUCGAGUGGGUUCCAGACAGUCAAAUAAUUUUCGGAAAAACUGCUACCGUAUCUUCUACAAAUGAAAGACAUAAGCAAUACAUGACAGCUUGCUAUACAUUAAAUGUGAAAACUAGAACGCGGUAUCUUAUAAGAACAAGCUUCUUGUAUGGGAACUUUGAUAAUAAUGAGGUUUUUCCAAGUUUCGAUAUCUCUCUUGGUGCAACUCCUUGGUCGACAAUAACCAUCUCUGAUGAAGAUACUAUAGAAGUUGAGGAACUGGUUUUUCUAGCUUCGUCUCCUUCUGUUAGUGUAUGUUUAUCUAAUGCUACCACGGGGCAGCCAUUUAUUUCUGCACUUGAGCUUCGACAGUUUAAUGGCUCACUUUAUCAUACAACAUUUGAGACUCAAUUCUUUCUAAGCUUAUCUGCAAGAAUAAACUUCGGUGCAGAAAGCAAUGAUUCAGUCAGAUAUCCCGAUGAUCCAUUCGAUAGAAUAUGGGAAUCCGAUUCUGUAAGGAGGGCAAAUUACCUUGUUGAUGUAGCCCCCGGAACUGAAAAAAUAUCAACUACAAAGCCAAUAGACAUUGGCAAUGGCGAUUUACCCCCUCAAAAGGUAAUGCAAACAGCAGUAGUGGGAAGAAAUGGAUCAUUAACUUAUCGCUUAGAUUUGGACGGCUUUCCCGGAAAUGGCUGGGCAUUCUCAUACUUUGCUGAGAUCGAGGAUUUCGAUGAAGAUCAAAGCAGAAAAUUUAGGCUUUUUAUUCCAGGCAUGCCAGCAAUCAGCAAGGCCACUGUUAAUGUUCAAGAGAAUGCUCAAGGGAAAUAUCGGUUGUAUGAGCCUGGGUAUCCCAAUAUUACCCUUCCAUUUGUCUUUUCUUUUGAGUUCAAGAAGACAAAUGAUUCGUCGUUGGGUCCUAUACUGAAUGCUCUGGAGAUAUACAAUUAUCUACAAAUAAAUUAUGGUUCUGUAGAUGCUGCUAUUAUGGCUGGUUUUGCUUCCAACUAUCCACAAGCAGAUUGGGCACAGGAAGGGGGUGAUCCUUGUUUACCGGCUUCUUGGUCUUGGGUACAAUGUAAUUCUGAUCCACAACCAAGAGUAAUUUCAAUUAGUUUGUCUGGGAAAAAUCUGACAGGGGAUAUUCCUUUGGAGCUCACAAAGUUAACAAGCUUGGUUGAUCUACGAUUGGAUGGAAACUCGCUUACUGGUACUAUACCUGAUUUUAGUGGAUGCACAAAUUUACAAUAUAUUCAUCUGGAGAACAAUGAAUUGACUGGUGUACUGCCUGCAUCACUAGCAGAUCUGCCUAGUCUAAAAGAACUGUAUGUGCAGAAUAAUAAGUUGUCAGGAGUAAUACCACAAGGGCUUCUAGCUAAAAAUGUUAUUUUUAACUACUCAGGAAAUGUGGGUCUUUAUAAGGGAACGCAUAGAAUGAGCCACUCCACAGUAGUUAUUAUAAGUUCUGUUGUUGGAGUUCUUGUGUUACUUCUUGGUCUUAUGGCAUAUUGCCUUCUUGCCCGCAAGAAAAAGAAGAAUAACCUGGAAAAAGGAGAUGUUAUCAGCGUUCCACCAGCUCAAAAGUUGAGUUCUUUCUUCAGUGAAGUUGCAACAGAAACAGCACAUAGAUUCUCCUUAUCUGAAAUUGAAGAUGCCACUGGAAAAUUUGAAAAGAGAAUUGGAUCCGGAGGUUUUGGUAUAGUAUAUUAUGGAAAGCUCAAGGAUGGAAAAGAAAUUGCUGUUAAAGUUCUCACCAACGAUUCCUUCCAGGGCAUACGAGAAUUCUUGAAUGAGGUAACUCUACUCUCUAGAAUACAUCACAGGAAUCUGGUGACCUUUCUUGGUUACAGCCAGCAAGAGGGGAAGAACAUCCUCGUUUAUGAGUUCAUGCAUAAUGGAACUUUGAAAGAACAUCUUAGAGGGGCGGCAGCGAAAGAAAGAACUCUUACCUGGAUCAAACGUCUUAAGAUUGCCGAGGAUUCUGCAAAAGGGAUAGAGUACCUUCAUACUGGAUGCUUUCCGACUAUUAUCCAUAGGGAUCUUAAGAGCAGCAACAUUCUUCUUGACAAUCAUAUGAGAGCUAAAGUUGCGGACUUUGGACUUUCGAAGCCUCAAGUGGAUGGAUCUCAUGUCUCAAGCAUUGUUCGAGGAACUGUCGGAUAUCUUGACCCUGAGUAUUACAUCUCACAGCAAUUAACAGAAAAGAGUGAUAUCUAUAGUUUUGGCGUUAUUCUUCUGGAGCUGAUUACAGGGCACGAGCCGAUAUCAAAUGAAAACUUUGGUGCCAAUUGCCGCAACAUUGUAGCUUGGGCAAAAUCACAUAUCGACAGUGGGAACGUCCAAGCCAUGGUUGAUCCGUUACUAGAAGAUGACUACGACAUGCAAUCCAUAUGGAAAAUUGCUGAGGCAGCGAUCGCAUGUGUCAAGCCACACGGUGUAGAGAGGCCAUCAAUAUCAGAAGUCCUGAAGGAGAUUCAAGAAGCUAUUGCAAUUGAACACGAGUCUGGGUGUGGUGGAGCAGGCGCCAUCACCUCAAAGUAUUCGAUGGGUUCGUCUGUGAAUUUGGAUCCUGUGGAUUUGGCUACUCCUGAUCGGCAUGUCUCUUCAACGGGCGUCUUCGGAUCUCAACCAGGUCUCAGAUGAUUUUUCAAUUUGGACCGCGAUGCAAAUUGAAUUAGUUAGGCACUCUUAAGAGUAUAUCUUUAUUUCCUUUUGCCCUCUACUCCUUUUUGUGUUUUUUGUUCCUUCCAACAGCGAGAGGGGUCACGUAGAUGACAAUUGAAGCAGCAACCACUAAAUGGUAUAGGAAACUGUUUUUAUUCAUUGUCGACAGGGUUCACGUUUGAUGUUUUUUGCUGUUUUUUAAGGGUUUUGUUUGUAGUUCCUUU